GCAUCCCGCCGCCGCGCCACUUCUGUUCCGAUUCGAUGGACGCCCCCCGGCACUGACAGGCCUUGGCGCCGCUCGGCAGCGUUCGUUGGUGGAGAAAGCACCUGUCACGGCUCAUGCUGUUUGACGACCCGCGCCCACCAUGCUCUCCCACACUGGCACUGCCAUCACCACGACCUUUUCCACCGAGCCAGCGCCGGCACGUCCGCAUCAGGGCUAACGGCAAUGCGCACCGUCUCAGCGCACCGCGCAACGCGGCUCCAUGCCCGGCCCACGCCCCACGGCCCGCCCUCGACGACAGUUAUAAGCCGUCGCUGCCUCCGAGCAAAGAAGGCAUCAAGCGUUGAACGUUCUUUAUCUUCUUCCAACUAGCUCCUAUUCCUUCUUUUAACUUGCUUCUUUUAGUUUCAUACAUUCGUCUCUGCUGUGCAGAUCCUUUAUACCAACUAUUUACUAUUCACAAUGAGGUUCACAGCAAUCACUCUUUUGGCCUUGGGCGCCUCCACCACGGCUUACGUCGUGCCAAACAACAAACAAGCGGUUGACAAUGCCAUCAAGGCUCGCCUGCCCGGAAGCGAGGCCAUCCCCGCAUCCAACCUGGUCGCUGCCCUUGCCAGGCGUGACUUGGAAGCUCCCGUAGAGCAAGCACUCGAGGCCCGCCACCACCAGAACGCAAAGGGUGCCAAGGGCAAGGGCAAGAAGAACGCCCGUGACGUCGACGUUCAAGUCCCCGGCGUUGAGGAGCGUGACCUUGAGGCUCGCCACCACCAGAACGCAAAGGGCGCCAAGGGCAAGGGCAAGAAGAACGCUCGCGACGUCGACGACGAAGAGGAGGAUGUUGAGGCCCGCGACCUCGAGGCCCGCGACCCCAAGAAGGGCAAGAAGGGAAAGAAGGCUAAAGCCGCCAAGGCCAAGGCUGCUGCCCGUGCUGUCGACGACGAAGAGGAUGACAUUGAAGCCCGCGACAUCGAGGCCCGCGACCCCAAGAAGGGCAAGAAGGGCAAGAAGGGCAAGAAGGCUAAGGCUGCUAAGGCCAAGGCUGCUGCUCGCGAUGUUGAGGACUCUGAAGACGACAUUGAAGCCCGCGACAUCGAGGCCCGCGACCCCAAGAAGGGCAAGAAGGGAAAGAAGGCCAAGGCUGCUAAGGCUAAGGCUGCUGCCCGUGCUGUCGACGAUGAGGAGGACGACCUUGAGACCCGCGACAUUGCUGAGCUCGAAGCCCGCCACCACCAGAACGCAAAGGGUGCCAAGGGCAAGGGAAAGAAGAACGCUCGCGACCUUGAGGCUCGUCACCACCAGAACGCCAAGGGUGCUAAGGGCAAGGGCAAGAAGAAUGCUCGCGAUGUUGAAGACUCCGAAGAUGACCUUGAGACCCGCGACAUUGCCGACCUUGAGGCUCGCCACCACCAGAACGCCAAGGGUGCUAAGGGCAAGGGAAAGAAGAACGCCCGCGACGUCGAGGAUGAGGAGGCUGACGUCGAGGCUCGCGAUCUCGAGGCCCGCCACCACCAGAACGCCAAGGGCAAGGGCAAGGGCAAGAAGGCCGGCGCUGCUUAAUCACCCCAUGACUCUCAGCGAGGGCAAGGGCACACAACUUUUCAACACGCCGGGUCUGCCUGACUGGGUCCCAAACGAGGGCUAUCAAGUAAUCUUUGACCAUCUGAUGGAUUUUUUUUAGAUAGUAUCGACGGAAGUAAUUUCCCCUCGUUUGAACCCCUCCCUCUCCCUCCUCCCCCCUUUAUAGUUUUGGUGGCCUCUUUUUUUUUGUCGGGUUUGUGGUUUUGUUCAGAAUGGUUGGUCUUAGAAGCUUAAAGACGGACUUUAUGCGAUUGAUCGGUAGCAAGUUAAUAGAUGCGAAAUGGA